CCAAUUUCCUUGUCUCACACACAAAUGAACAAUCAAUGUCCUCACAAGAGCAAGCACUGGUCUCUCUCCUUUCCCAACUCGCCCUAUCUUUCGACGGCGCCGUUUUAGGUUUCGCCGUCGCUUACGUCGCCGUUCGCUCCAUCCGCAAAUUCACCCUUACCUCCGCCGCUCUUCGCAAAAUCACCGCCGCUCCUUCCGUCUCCGUCUCCGACCUCCGCUCGCUCCUCACCGAAACCGAUGAAAACUCCGAUGAAGGAAAAAUUGUAAUUGUUCGUGGUACUGUUGAUGCAAAGAACGUUGUUGAUGGUAGUUGGAAAGCGUUGUGGCCUGGUGUUUUGGUUUCGAGUGAGUCCGGGGAUAAAGGUGUUGUUCUUCAACGAACUCAAACGUGUAUAUACAAUGAAUGGAAGGGCUUAUUUGGGUGGACUUCGGAUCUUCGAGCCCUAUUUCUAAGAUCUUGGAGACAACAGGAGUCCACAUCCUUAAGAAAGAUCCCUUUUGUUCUCAUUGAUGUUGGACGGCCGUCAAAUCCCGAAUAUGUUGUUGUCAACAUGGAUGGAUCGAGUCAUCCUUUACCUCUUACAACAGUUUACCAUAGAUUGCAACCCGUAAAUCCUCCUCCUUAUACUUUCUUGCAAGCACUUUUUGGGCAUGAAUAUCCGGUUGGACUGCUUGACGAAGAGAAAAUUCUUCCCUUGGGAAAGGAUGUCAGUGCUGUAGGCCUUUGCAGUUUAAGAAAUGGAAUUGCUGAAAUCAAGGCUUGCAAUGAUCUUCCAUAUUAUCUGUCUGACUUGAGUAAAGAUCAGAUGAUUGUAGAUCUUUCCUUCAAAACUAAAUUACUGUUUUGGAGUGGUAUUCUUCUUGGUUCAAUGUCAGUUGGGAUCAUCGGCUAUGCCGUCGUGAGGAACUGGAAUAAAUGGAAACAAUGGAAGCAACAAAGGCAGCUCCAGCAACGAAGGCAACAACCCAUUGAACCUGUUCCUCCAACAGAUGAUGAGAUUGAAGAUGUUCCAGAUGGACAAUUAUGCGUCAUAUGUCUGAUGAGGAGAAGGCGCUCUGUUUUUAUUCCAUGUGGGCAUCUUGUAUGUUGCCAAGGGUGUGCCAUUUCAGUUGAAAGUGAAGUGGCACCCAAGUGUCCAGUUUGUCGUCAGGAGGUCCGGGAUUCAGUGCGAAUUUUCGAAUCUUGAGUAGACAGAGGCCAGUUUUCCUUUACUGUGGCAGGAGGCUUCCAUGUUUGUUAAUAGCAAAUGUUGCAUUUAAUUUGGAUAGAUAUGUAGCCCUAGUAUCUUAUGAGAACACAUGAAUUUAGCUAGUAUAGAUAAUUGAAUAUGGCUUGAAUAGGGCAGUCGAGUGUAAGUCAUAGCCGGCUUCUCACUGUACUGGUUUUUUCCGGAGGAGUUUAAGCUCCUCUAAAAUUGGUAGUAUACUCUAGGGAGAAAAAGUUGAAUAUUUCUACUGUUUUUAGCAAAAUCAAUGAAGGUAUACUCAUGAUCUGUUGCAUUAAUUCAUGAAUUUUAGUAAACUCAUGAUUUGUUAA